AUCGGUGCUGCGGUUCGGUGAGUGCCGAGUGAAGCUGCGCUGUCACAGCCACAAACCCGCAACACGAACUAGGCUGCCGGUUGGGGCUUUUGCACACGGCUGUGAAUGGUAGUUUAUAGUAAGGGUAUGUCCCUUCAGGAGAGAGGUGCCAAUGUCCAACCGGCCUAAUUCCAAUCCAGGGGGGUCACUGCGCCGUUCACAGAGGAACACAGCCGCGGCCCAGCCACACGACCACACGCUCACGGGAAGGUUGCAGUCAGAGCACGCCAAACAUAAAGCAAAUUCCCCUCCAGAAAGUAGAAGAUCAUAUACUAAAGCUCCAAAAGCUCCAAAAGCCCCGCCCACCUCAGCCGCUGGCUCCGCCCGUGGCCACGCCUCCCGCAGAAACAGUCUCUCUUUGUCAGUGUUGGAUCCGGAUUCAGAAGCAGCAGGAAGUUCAGGCCAGCAGGAGCAGCGUGAAGGCAGCGGCGUUAGCAUUAGCAGCAUUAGCGUCAGUCGCGCUCUCAAACGAAACUCCGCCUCCGAGCACAACAGCACCGGCUCCUAUUCUCCUAGUCCGGCCAAGCGGCCCAAAGCCCAGUCUGAGAGCUCCAGGGCCGGACCCUCAGACCCACCCGGAGCCCCCGAGCCUAAAUCCAAGUCCAAAAAGCGGCGUUUAGCACCGGAGCCGCCCCCCAGGGCCGUGAGCAGGAAGAGCAGCCCGGGCCCCGGACCCAGCGGGGCCUCCAGCACCUCCUCGUCCUCAAAUAAACGCAAGAAAGCCGACGCUUCCUCCUCAUCCUCUUCCUCUUCGUCCUCAUCCUCUUCUUCCUCGUCUCUCGGGGGUCCCCCACCCCCCCGCAGUGAGGCCGGCCGGCCAGCGAAACCCUCCAAGCUGGCGUCCAAACCGGCCGCUUCAGCCAAAGCCGGGUGCAGCGCUGUCACAGACUCCUCCUCUUCCUCCGCCUCUUCCUCCUCUGCAUCCUCUUCUUCCUCCUCCUCGGCGGCAGCAGGCGUCAACAGCAGCGCCCCCCUGCAGGGUGCCCGGCUGAAGCAGGGUAAGGACCAGAGUAAGUCUCGUCGUUCGCGCUCCGCUUCCUCCCCUUCGCCCCGCAGAAGCAGUCGUGAUAAGGAGCAGCCCAAGCCCGCCGGAUCCUCCAAGUUCGAGUGGACAUCCCGCUUCAACCCCAAAGUCAACCUGCCAAAGCCCAGACUGUCCCUGCCCGGGUCAUCCAAACCGGAAAGCUCGUCCAAGCCCGGACCGUCCGGACUGCAGGCCAAGCUCGCAAGCUUGAGGAAGUCCAGUAAGAAGCGUAGUGAGUCUCCCCCAGCAGAGCUCCCCAGCUUUAGGAGGAGCACACGCCAGAAGACCACGGGCUCCUGCGCCAGCACCAGUCGGCGAGGCUCUGGCCUGGGAAAGCGCGGGGCAGCCGAUACUCGCCGACAGGACAAAAUGGCAGACUCUGACAACAACCAGGAUGGCGCAAACUCAUCAGCUGCGAGAACAGAGGAGGCGCCCCAGGGAGCUUCAGCCUCUAGCUCAGUAGCCGGAGCCGUAGGGAUGACCACGUCCGGGGAGAGCGAGUCGGAUGACUCUGAAAUGGGCCGACUCCAGGCCCUGCUGGAGGCCCGUGGUCUCCCACCUCACCUGUUCGGACCCCUGGGGCCCCGCAUGUCCCAGUUGUUUCACCGCACCAUCGGCAGCGGAGCCAGCUCUAAAGCCCAGCAGCUCCUGCAGGGUCUCCAGGCUACGGGUGAUGAGUCUCAGCAGCUGCAGGCUGCUAUAGAGAUGUGCCAGCUCCUGGUGAUGGGUAACGAGGAGACGCUGGGUGGUUUUCCCGUAAAGAGCGUCGUUCCUGCGCUGAUCACACUAUUACAGAUGGAGCAUAACUUUGAUAUUAUGAACCACGCCUCCCGAGCUCUGACCUACAUGAUGGAGGCUCUGCCGCGAUCCUCCGCUGUCGUGGUGGACGCCAUCCCCGUCUUCCUGGAAAAGCUUCAGGUGAUCCAGUUUAUCGAUGUGGCUGAACAGGCUCUGACCGCUCUGGAGAUGCUGUCACGGCGACACAGCAAGGCCAUCCUGCAGGCUGGUGGUCUAGCGGACUGCUUGCUGUAUCUGGAGUUCUUCAGCAUUAAUGCUCAGAGGAACGCAUUAGCCAUAGCCGCUAACUGCUGUCAGAGCAUAACUCCAGACGAAUUUCACUUUGUGGCCGACUCUCUGCCGUUGCUCACGCAGAGACUCACUCACCAGGAUAAGAAGUCUGUGGAGAGCACUUGUCUCUGUUUUGCCAGGCUGGUGGACAACUUUCAGCAUGAGGAGAAUCUGCUGCAGCAGGUAGCAUCUCGGGACCUUCUGACUAACAUUCAGCAGCUGCUGGUGGUCACUCCGCCAGUGCUGAGCUCUGGAAUGUUCAUCAUGGUGGUUCGCAUGUUCUCCCUCAUGUGCUCCAACUGCCCAACCCUUGCCGUCCAGCUGAUGAAGCAGAACAUUGCGGAGACUCUGCGCUUCCUGCUGUGCGGAGCGUCUAAUGGAAGCUGUCAGGAGCAGAUCGAUCUGGUACCCAGAAGCCCGCAGGAGCUUUAUGAGCUCACCUCCCUCAUAUGUGAGCUGAUGCCGUGUCUACCCAGAGAGGGGAUCUUUGCAGUGGAUGCAAUGCUGAAGAAGGGCAGUGCCCACACUACAGAGGCUGCUGUUUGGCAGUGGAGAGAUGACCGUGGUCUGUGGCAUCCUUACAACCGCAUUGACAGCCGCAUCAUCGAGACAGCCCAUCAGAACGGUGAGGAUGAGAUCAGUCUGUCCACGCUGGGCCGUGUUUACACUAUCGACUUUAACUCUAUGCAGCAAAUUAACGAGGACACUGGCACUGCCCGCGGCAUCCAGAGGAAACCAAACCCGCUAGCCAAUCCAAACUCUGGAGGUCAUCUAGAGGUGCGUGGGGAGGACGCUCGUGCUCAGCUGAUGAAGGAGGACCCCGAGCUGGCGAAGUGUUUUAUAAAGACGCUGUUCGGCGUGCUGUAUGAAGUGUACAGCUCCUCCGCCGGACCUGCCGUCAGACACAAGUGCCUUAGAGCCAUUCUCCGCAUCAUCUACUUCGCAGACGCUGAGCUGCUGAAGGACGUCCUGCGCAACCACGCUGUGUCCAGUCACAUAGCCUCCAUGCUGUCCAGUCAGGACCUGAAGAUUGUAGUGGGCUCUCUGCAGAUGGCAGAGAUCCUCAUGCAGAAGCUGCCAGACGUGUUCAGUGUCUAUUUCAGACGAGAAGGUGUGAUGCACCAGGUGAAGAACCUGGCCGAGUCAGAGACGUUUUUCACCAGCCCCCCUAAAGCCUGCACGAGUGGGACCGCCAGCCUGUGCACCACCACCAUCACCACGGCGACCACCACCACCGCUUCCAACGUCACUCCGGACCUCGGGUCCCCGAGCUUCCAGCACAGCAUGGACGACUCGCUGGACCUAAGCCCUCAGGGUCGUCUGAGUGAUGUUCUGAAGAGGAAGCGUCUCCCUAAGAGAGGACCCCGCCGACCCAAAUACUCGCCCCCCAGAGACGAUGAGAAAGUGGACAAUCAGGCUAAAAGUCCCACCACUACAGCAUCCCCCAAAUCUUCCUUCCUGGCCAGUCUGAAUCCCAAAACAUGGGGCAAACUGGGAGCCCAGACCAACAGCACUAAUUCAGAGCAGUCCCGCACGGCCGGCGUCAGCGGUCUCGCCCGAGCCACACCCAAAGACUCAGUCUCCAACAACAGGGAUAAGAUCAAGGCGUGGAUAAAGGAGCAGGCCAGUAAAUUUGUGGAGCGAUAUUUUAACUCUGAGAAUGUGGACGGCAGCAACCCGGCGCUUAACGUCCUGCAGAGACUGUGUACAGCGACAGAGCAGCUCAACCUACAGGUGGAUCGUGGUGUGGAGUGUCUGAUGGAGAUCUGCAGCAUUGUGUCCGAGUCGGACGUGUCAUCGUUCGAGAUCCAGCACAGCGGGCUGGUGAAGCAGCUGCUGCUCUAUCUUACCUCCAACAGUGACAGAGACGUCGUCAGCAGAGACCAGAGGAUCAAGAGGUUCCUGCACAUCUUCUACAACUGUCCUAUGCCAGGUCAGGAGCCCCUGUACCGUUUGGAGCCGACGGAGAAUGGGCAGCUGCUGGCACUGGUGCACAAAAUGAACAGCUGUCUGAGUCAGAUGGAGCAGUUUCCCGUUAAAGUUCACGACUUUCCCAGUGGGAACGGAAACGGCAGCAGAGGUUCUCAGGCUCUGAAGUUCUUUAACACCCACCAGCUGAAGUGCCAGCUGCAGAGACACCCGGACUGCACCAACGUGAAGCAGUGGAAGGGGGGGCCUGUUAAAAUCGACCCUCUGGCGCUGGUUCAGGCCAUCGAGAGAUACCUCGUUGUUAGAGGUUACGGUCGAGUCCGAGAGGAGGAUGAAGACAGCGAUGAUGAUGGUUCAGAUGAUGAAAUUGAUGAAUCACUGGCGGCCCAGUUCCUGAAUUCUGGCAGCGUGCGUCACCGUCUGCAGUUCUAUAUUGGAGAGCACCUGCUGCCCUACAACAUGACUGUGUACCAGGCGGUACGGCAGUUCAGCCUCCAGCCAGAGGAGGAGCGGGAGAGCACAGAUGACGAGGCCAAUCCGCUCGGACGAGCCGGAAUAUGGACUAAAACGCACACUAUAUGGUAUAAGCCGGUGAGGGAGGAUGAGGACGGCUGUAAAGACGCUGUUGGAGGGAAAAGGGGUCGAGCACAAACAGCUCCCACCAAAACAUCCCCACGCAACGCUAAGAAACAGGAUGAGCUGUGGCAUGAUGGCGUGUGUCCGAGUGUCAGUAACCCGUUGGACGUGUACCUAAUAUCUGAGCCUCCAGAGGGAAUAACGUUUGAUGACCCGUCUCUGGAGGUCAUCCUGCUGCUGAGGGUUCUGCACUCCAUUAGCAGAUACUGGUUCUACCUCUACGAUAACGCUGUGUGUAAGGAAGUCAUCUCCACUAGCGAGUUCAUUAACAGUAAACUGACUGCGAAGGCAAACCGGCAGCUGCAGGAUCCGCUCGUCAUCAUGACUGGGAACAUACCUACCUGGCUUACCGAGCUGGGCAAGACCUGUCCAUUCUUCUUCCCGUUCGACACGCGGCAGAUGCUAUUCUACGUCACCGCGUUCGACAGAGACCGGGCCAUGCAGCGCCUGCUGGACACAAACCCCGAAAUCAACCAGUCAGAUUCGCAGGACAGCCGGGUGGCACCACGACUCGACAGGAAGAAGCGGACGAUAAACCGUGAGGAGCUGCUGAAGCAGGCGGAGUCGGUGAUGCAGGAUUUGGGCAGUUCCAGAGCAAUGCUGGAGAUUCAAUAUGAAAAUGAGGUGGGGACAGGUCUGGGUCCUACACAAGAGUUUUAUGCGCUGGUCUCUCAGGAGCUGCAGAGAGCUGAUCUGGGUCUGUGGAGAGGAGAGGAGGUCACACUGGCCAACCCAAAAGGGAGUCAAGAGGGCACAAAGUACAUGUUCAGCUCCAGAGGACUGUUCGCUGUCCCAUUUGGCCGCAGCACCAAACCUGCACACGUUGCCAAGAUCAAAAUGAAGUUCCGCUUCCUUGGAAAACUCAUGGCCAAAGCCAUCAUGGACUUCCGGCUGCUGGACCUGCCGCUGGGGUUGCCGUUCUAUAAGUGGAUGUUGAGACACGAAUCGUCCAUCAGCUCCCAUGACCUGGUCAACAUCGACCCCGGAGUGGCCAAAUCAAUACAGCACCUGGAGGACAUCAUCAGACAGAAGAAGAGGCUGGAGCAGGACCAAUCACAAACGAGGGAGACCUUGCAGCAGGCGCUGGAGAGUCUGAACAUGAACGGCUGCUCAGUGGAGGAUCUGGGGCUGGACUUCACGCUGCCCGGGUUCCCAAACAUCGAGCUGAAGAAGGGCGGGAAGGAUGUUCCUGUGACCAUCCACAACCUGGAGGAGUAUCUGAGGUUGGUCGUGUACUGGACCCUGAAUGAAGGAGUGUCGCGGCAGUUUGAGUCGUUCAGGGAAGGGUUCGAGUCGGUCUUUCCCCUCCACCACCUACAGUACUUCUACCCUGAGGAGUUGGAUCAGUUACUGUGCGGCAGUAAGUCUGAAACAUGGGAUGUGAAGACUCUGAUGGAAUGCUGCAGACCUGAUCAUGGAUACACACACGACAGUCGGGCGGUCCGUUUCCUCUUUGAGGUUCUCAGCAGUUUUGAUGCAGAGCAGCAGAGACUUUUCCUCCAGUUUGUGACGGGGAGCCCUCGACUACCAGUGGGAGGUUUCCGGAGUUUGAACCCUCCUCUGACCAUCGUACGCAAAACGUUUGAGUCGACGGAGAACCCGGAUGACUUCCUGCCGUCUGUGAUGACGUGCGUGAACUACCUGAAGCUGCCGGAUUACUCGAGCAUCGAGAUAAUGCGUGAGAAACUGUUAAUCGCAGCUCGCGAAGGACAGCAGUCCUUCCAUCUGUCCUGAUCGCCCUCAAACUCACGCAGAAAUGCCUUCAGAACCCACCGCAGAACCCAGAACCCACACGCAUCACCACUUCCUCCCUUCCUCUACAGUUUUCUAUUGUUUCUCUUUUUUCCUCUUGUUUUGUUUUGGUCUUUUUUUGUAAACACCCACGCUGAGGUGGCGCGUAUAAGACGCCUCGCUGUUCAGAGAAAAGCAGCUGGUGGAAACAAAAAGCCGAAGAAAAGAGACUGAUGUUCUAUCUGCUGCCCUUGUUUUCCACUGAGAGCAGAAAAAUCGGUGUUGAGAGACUCCGGAACUCCGAAAUAAAACUAAAUAAAACAAAUUAGUCGAUGCAGAUCUGAAGCCUAUAUCAGUAGCUGAGUAAUGUAAAAGAGGUGGGGUGAAGUUUUCAAUCCUGCGUUGCUGUGUGAUAU